UUGUCGUCAACGCCCUCUUGGGCGUAAACCCCAGCCUGCACUUGCUAAUGCCAAACUACUUCAGGGAUUCCGCCUUUAUCAAUAUGCGUAGGAACCUGCUCGACACCACGCGCGACCUCGAAAAGGCCCGCAAGCGUAUGCAAGAGCUCGAGCGCGAGGCUGCCGACCGCGAGCGGGAGCUGCUCCGCCUCAAGACAGACCUCGACGCCAUCGGCCAAGAUCAGACGGCCGCCCUCGCCGCGCUCAAGUCGUCGGACGAACUUAUCUCCGAGUCGCUGCGGACCGAGCUCGAGGCCACGCGCAAGCAGCUCGCUCAGCGGGCGUUUGAGCUCGAGCAGAUGAAGGACCAGCUCAUGGGAGCGUUGGUGUCCAAGGAUAAGGUCCAGAAGAGGUUGGACGACGCGCUUGCUUCGUCCGCCGCCGACCAGUCUCACGGUGCCCAGGCCGAGUCUUCCCAGGCCAAGGGCAAGAAGGAAGACGCGGAGAAGAUCGAGAAGCUCAGGGCUGCGCUGAAGCAGAAGAUCGAGGUGAGUAACGGCGCGGUCCCGACCUUAGAUUCACCGUAUAUGGCCUCCUUCUUGGGGACGAGCUUCCCUGAUAAGGCGGUGUGGCGGCCAACCCCGGCAUCCUGCGUGCCUCGGUGUUGCGAGGAAAUCAAGCCCGAGAAAGAGAGGACACGGUGCAGAAGGGAAGGCUGGCUCGGGAGGCUGUUGCGUGCCAAAGCAUCCUGAUCGCCCCAGCAGCUCCCGUACCCCCUCUUCUUUCCACCCUUGUACUUCAGGGUGUUGU